UGAUAGUGAAGAAGUCACGCAGCUUCAGUGAGCUCAGUGGGGGGCUGUGGUUGGGCCAAAGCGGAACGAUUGGUUUCAGGUUUUAUUUUCCGGGGGACCACAGAGCCGAUCAUGGCGACUCUCGGCGGCAGUCGUGGGGAUCGUCUCGGCAACACUAAUCAACAAAAUUCUUCUUUUGCAUCUCCGGAGAAAGUUCGUGAACUUCUUAAUGCAGGAGUGUCAUCAACAGAUAUCGGAUCCAACAGUGGACAAGGAAAUGUGAAAGUUCUGGAAGUAAAAAGCAACACUCAAGCGCCCUGCGAGGCUACAAACAAAGAAGCCUUCUUCUCAAGAGUGGAAUCCUAUUCCUGUUUGAAAUGGGCAGGCAAACCCCGCACACUGUCCCCUCUGAUGUGCGCCAGAUAUGGCUGGAUCAACGUAGGCUGUGAUAUGCUCAAGUGCUCCAGCUGCCAGGCUUUCCUUUGUGCAUCACUACAACCAACUUUAGACUUUAAAAAAUAUGGAUCCCGCAUUGCAGAGAUAUCGAGGCAGCUUCAGACGCAGCAUGAGAAGUUUUGCCCCUGGCCUGACUUUCCAUGCCCAGAACGUUUCUGGCAGGUUCCAGCGUGUGAACCAUCGGCACUUCUCACUGCCUUCUUAGAGCGCUUCCAGAGCACUUGUCUCAUUGCACAUCAGCUGCCUGCCAUGAAGCCGGAGCAGCUGAAGUCUAUGUCUUUGACUGAGGAUGUAAUCGGUGUUAUACUGCAGCUGAUCGAGGACGAACAAAAGAGAACGGGACGUUCCUCAUGUUCUGAACCUUUGGCUGUCCAGGUGGCUGCAUGCAUUGUUUCUCUCUGUGGCUGGGCUGCAAGCCCAGCUUUGCAUGCCAUGAACCUGCCCAUCCUCACCUGCGCAUACUGUAUGCGCAAGGUAGGUUUGUGGAACUUCCACCAGAUGGAGGGAAAUGGAGGGGACGAAGAUGCCUCACUAAACGCUGAAGACCCCUCUGCUCAAGCAACAGGUCCUGCCUCCGCAGCCACGCAUGAGGGCCAAGGGGACCCGUCUGCUUCUGCCUCAGCCUCCUCUGCCACAACUCCAUGUCGCAUGAAGCUGAGGAGCCAGGACUCCACCCGCUCGGACCAGAGUGAGGGAACCACCUCCCCUGUGUCUUUGCGUGCGCGAAGCAGAGACUCACCAAGCCCCAGUGAAGAGCCGCCAAGUCCUUUGCCGAGGGGAAAAAGGUCUGCAACUCGCAAUAGAGGACAGGGGGACGCCUCUGGGACUGAUGGUGCUGCAAGCCUGCACCACCCUCCUAAACGCCUGUGCCUGUCAUCAGUUGGUGGUCCUGAUGGGCUCCUGCACAAGAAUGUAUUUGACCCCCUCGCUCAGCACAGAGACUGGUGUCCCUGGAUCUGUGCGGGAAAGGAGAAUGUGGAUCCGGGGGAAAACCCCGUUUUGGAUGGCGUCUCAGAGCUGAAUCAGCAGGGCUGGAAGGCUGCUCUUGACCUCCUCAUGCCCAUGAAGAAGAACUCCAGUACAGCAGGAGGCAGUCCAGGACAGGGCCCUAGGGACAAGUCUAAAAGGGUGUUUGCUAUAUUCCGUCAGUGGCAGGUAUCCUCCUCUCCGUCUCAGUAGAUUGUUUCCAUCCAAACAGCAUCACAACACUGAAUUGAUGACCAGACUUACCCUCUUUUUUUGUGGUACGGAGUCCGUAGUACCAAGGACAGGAGUGUCAUAUCAUAUCAAUGUAUGCCAUCGUUUUUGAAGUCAGUGUUUCUGGAGGGAAAGAAAGGUGAUUGGGUCUAUAGGCAAAUAGGUGUCUACUCUGUAAACAGUGAAAUAUGUGAAGGAUGCCUGUGUGGCUUUAAAACCUUUGAAUUCAUCUUCAUCAAACUUUAGAUGUGCAGAUAUUGGGGCCUUAUUAGGCCUUGUAUAAUGUAUGUACAUAAGUAGUCAUUGAGUAAUAGAACACAUCUCAGUGUUGUUAAUUGGCAACAAACAAGACUUACUAUUACUAUUUACCUCACAUGAGGAUUGCUUGGGUAGUCCUUCAUGCCAUUGUGGUAGUCUGGAUUUCUGUUGGACACGAGACAAGAAAUCCCUUAUCGUAAGAGAGGGCCAAAUGGCUUGACACUGGAAAGGCAAUGUUUACCUUCAAUGUAUGGUGAGUCAUUUUGGGAAUGGUCAAUUUUUAACCUCAGAUUAGCAAAAAAAACUGUGAGGAAGUCAUUUUUGUGUGUGUACUGUUGCGCUUGAAGCUAACAGAACAAACAAUCCUUUUUGGAGUAGUGAAAUGUUUGUUUUCAUAUUGUCAAUCCUGAUUGAGCAGGCAGGAAGAACUAUGUGCCAUGAAUUUCAAACCUGUUUUGAUUCGACUUCAGGAUCCCUGUACUGCAUUUUUGCCUUCCAGUGACACCUCAUUGUUAAUGCAGUCCUCUUUUUCUUGCAUGUGCUUUUAUCUUCGUAGUUUCCUAAAAGGGUUUAAUAAAAUGCUCUUCUGAAA